AUGUCCGAUCACGAAGCGGAAAGGAGAGACGAAAUCGAAGUCAUCGAACUGUCAUCUGACUCCGAAGAAUACGAUGAAACGGAAGAGGAACCACAUAACCCUUCCGCAUACACCACGGAACGCCCCGUACCCUUCCCACUCAAAAACGGCGAACCCAUCAACGAAACAACAAAAAUCCGACGCUUCUACAACGUACUCAACUCCAUGAAGCGAAUCCCCUAUACCGUUGACCGACCCCCCAACGGCUUCUCCUUCAACAAUUGGCACGGCGACUUCAACCACGCCACAAAGUAUGGUGUGUUCCCCGGGGACGAAGAGAUCCCCGACUACGAAGCCAACAACAGCGAGCGAAAGCGAAGAUGCCGAGCUCAUGCAAUCUUGAUCGAACACGGAUAUGGCGUGGAGGCGGAAGUCCCAUGUGGACGAUGCGAAUCUCAAGGUAAGCGCUGCCUCGUCUACCACCCCCAUCUCGGGUUUUCUUUGAGCCAUCAAGAUGCCCCAUCAUUCCACUCCCAGUUUGGUUUCAGAUGCAGCGGUUGUAGGACGGGGAGUUCGGAGAAGACUGGAUGCAAGGCGCAUUGGACCGCAACAGAGGGUCUUGAAGACGUGAGGUACAUCGACCAUUGA